GCUGCCAAAAUCAUUAAUUCUCAAGUUUGAUUAGACAUAUGCAAGUCAGAUUAUUGGAGCCCCAUCCUUCUACAUAUAUUGGAUGCGUCCAGUUGCAUCUGAACCAUCCAACCCAGAUGGGGCCCUCCACGUGGUAGGCUUAGAAUGUUAAAUGGACGGUUCAGAUGCCCUCCAGCCAAUAGCAGCUCCACCCUCUCUACCCAGAAUAAUCAAAUUACAUAACCCAUAAAUCACAAUUUUCAGUCCUCCUCCUUCCCUGAUUGUGACCUUUUCUCUCUUUCAGGCUCUUCCUAUUAAUUCAAUCCCCUUCCAGUCUGCCCACUUCGUUUUCACACCUCCUUAUCAUCUCUCUCUCUCUCUCUCUUUCAAUACCACAAUCGCAACUCCUAAGCUACAGCUCAAAGUCUCUCCACAGUUGACAAUUCACAAUUUACACAAAGCCUUUGCUUUUAAUUGUCAGUAUUUUUUCAGUGAGAGAGUUAGUGCAUUCCAAAUGGGGAGGCACUCUUGCUGCUACAAGCAGAAGCUGAGAAAAGGCCUGUGGUCUCCUGAAGAAGAUGAGAAGCUUCUGAGGCACAUAACCAAGUAUGGACAUGGGUGUUGGAGCUCUGUUCCCAAACUGGCAGGUUUGCAACGGUGUGGGAAGAGCUGCAGGUUAAGGUGGAUUAACUACCUGAGGCCUGACUUGAAAAGAGGGGCAUUCUCACAACAGGAAGAGAACCUCAUCAUCGAACUCCAUGCAGUCUUAGGCAACAGAUGGUCUCAGAUAGCUGCUCAGCUACCAGGAAGAACUGAUAAUGAAAUAAAGAAUUUAUGGAACUCUUGUAUAAAGAAGAAGCUGAGGCAGAGAGGCAUUGACCCCAACACUCACAAGCCUCUCUGCGAGGUUGAGAUGGCAGAGAAGAAUCCUCUCCCAGCCCAAAGAAGCAACAGCAAUGAAGAACUGAACCUCAUUGAGGCAGAGAAUCAAUUGGAAAGGUACCCACUUGAAGUUUCUAAUCCUGAACCCAAGAUUAACAUCAACAAAAGCAAUGAAGAAGCAAACACCACCACCACCACCACCCAGGAUUUCUUCAGCACCAGCACCUGCAGGCCUUCUGAACUGGUGGGUCAUCCCUCCUUUCAGCAGUUGAAUUAUGGAAUAAACUCAGUCCCCACUCUCUGCUGCUUCAGCCAAAACUCUUUUUCAGCAGUUGAAUCAGUUGGUUCUCUCAAUAUCAAUGGAGUGCACAACUGGGAAACCAGUAACACCACUGCUACCUUCAAUAACAAUGGCAGAAACAGCAUUGAACUGCAGGGAAAUGGGUCCCACUUUGAGAACAACUUCUUCUUGUGGGGACAAUCAGAGAGUGGGAAAUCUGGGAAAGAAACCCAAAUCGAUCACCACUUGGAAGGUGGUGUUCCAGAACCCAUCAAAUGGUCAGAAUAUGGACUCCAUGCCCCAUUUAUACUUGGAGCUGCAAUACAGAAUCAAAUCUCUCAACCCAUUUACAACAGUGAGAUCAAAGCAGAAACAGAGUUCACAACAGAUGGCUCAAGUGGUGGUGGUGCUUGGCAUCAGAACCAGCCUUUACAAGCGCCAGAUAUAUAUAAUAAGGAUAUUCAGAGACUAGCUGCAGCUUUUGGGCAGAUUUUUUAGCUUGUGUUUAAUUGGGGAAAAAAAAGGAUGAUAUAAUUACAGAAUUUUUCUGGUUGGAAACAGGUGUGUGCUGAAGAAUUUCCUUUUUGUUCUGUAAAUAGGUCUGAUACAAUUAAAUUUCUGAACCUUUUGUUACUGAAUAUUUGUGAUGGGAACAAACUAUGUUCAUCCUUUGUCCAUGUGACACAGUGGAAUUACAGAAUAAUGCAUAUUUGUUUUGGAGUUAA